GAGUAUAAUUAUUAUGAGCCAGGACCGGGGGCGGAGGUGACGGGGACAUCAUUUUCCCAAAAUAUCUGGUUGGGCUUGCUUAUAUAAACUGACACAGACACCCAAGCGAUUGCACAGAGCCCUUCUUUUGACAGCGAAACAAGGCUCUCUUUGGCUUGCUUCUGUUCAGCUGCACCCAUGAAGAACGUUACAAUCUUCCUACUGGUUCUGGCUUGCGGAGCCACUCUGGUGACUGGCCUUGCCUCCCAGUUUAAUGAGAUGAUCCAGAUGAGCACCGUCACCUACACCUUGGCCAACUUCACCAACUACGGGUGCCACUGUGGGGCAGGGACUCAAGGCUUCCCCGUGGACGCCAUCGACAGGUGCUGCCACAGCCACGACUGCUGCUACAACAAGGCCGAGAUGUUCGGUUGCAGCCCAAGCACCCUCUCGUACAGGUUCUACACCCAGAGGGAUACAAUUAAAUGCGUCAAGUCGUGGGACCGGUGUGAGAAGCUCGUGUGUGAAUGUGACCAGAAAGCGGCCAGCUGCUUCCGGAAGCAUCUCUUUACCUAUAACCUCCAGUUCAAGAAUCACGCAGCGAACAACUGCAGGGCACAGCGGCCAUUUUGUUGAGCUGCAUUUUUAACGGGAAGCAGAACCAGAGGAUAUCCCAUGUAGGGGGGUGGAUUCAGUAGGGAGCCCAGCCUACCUGAUUAUUAUAAGGGGGGGGGGCUCAGCCUAUAUUAUUAUUUUGGGGUUCUUAGCAUUGUGUUAGGUUAACUGAAAGCAACAGAAGCAUUUAGAAAAUUAAGUUGUUGUUUAUGUUCCCUCUAUUUUAUUUGAAGCAAAGGUUCGUGGGUUGUAUCUAAGACCUACUCAGAGCAGACCCACUGAAAUUAAUGGAUCUAGGUUAGUCAUGCCCAGUAAACUUCAGUGGGUCUACUCUGAGUAGGACAGACAUUGGGUACAACCCAGGGUAAAUCCAUUAGGUUGUAUUUGGAGUAGACCCACUGAAAUGAGCAAACCUAAAUUAGCCAUGUACAUAGUUUUCAAUAGGUCUGCUCUGAGUAGGCCCAGCACUGGACACAAUAUG